AUGUCAAAGAGCUCGAAGCCUGAGAGAGGCCUCAGCCAGUUUCGACUAUCGAUUAUACCAGGCCUCGACGCCGACGCGCUACGCGGCCUUAAUAUUGCUUUAUCUGCAACAACUGCAGAGGGGUUGUGGCCGUCAACUCAAAAAUUCUGGUUUUCUCAUGGCGCCCCAGCAGCAAUUCAACAACCUGCCUCCAGGCACUGCAUAAUUGCUCUUGGUGCAUGUUUUGAACAGCGCAUGUGUAUGAAGGAAGGUAUUCCAUACAAUGCUGCUAUUGUUUACCGUCAUUAUAGCUAUGCUGUAAAUGCUAUUCAAGAUAUCAUUAACCAAACAUCGUUGAGUCAACACGAUCUGGAUUGCAUUCUCACGGCUUGCAUUUGCAUUGCGGCUCUUGAUUUUGUUCGUGGCAACUUUCUUUCGACACUACAGCACAUAAUACAUGGCAUCACGAUAAUCAACGCAUAUUGUCCUUAUUCUCAGUUAGCCAGCCACUUUCGAUUCAUGAGCCUUGCUGCACUUGCCUCUCCGGCUCGAAGGAUAAUUCCCCUCCUUACCAACAUGGGUUGUCCCUACGCUAUAUGCAACGGCAGAUGUUUCCCGGGCAGAUGCCCUUUCGAACAUACUUCGUUUAUCACAGUCAAUCGAGCUCAAGAUUCGUUGCAAUUUGUCGAAUACUAUAUAUUCAGACUGGCUCGCCUCGUGGACGGCCAUAGAGCCGCCUCCCCAGAAUCGUCCGACUGGCCGCAAUAUAUUCUCGAGGAGCAGAGCAACGGUUAUGCAUACCUAAGAAACUGGCAUGCAUUAUUUGCAAAUCUAAAAGCCAACCCAGGACCCGAUCCUGAUCAGAAGUCCGCCAUUCUCAUUCUUGAAAUACGCUCACUGGUCGCUAAGAUAGUGCUGGGCACCAUACUUGACGAUAGGCCCGCACAAUAUGAUUUGCAUAUUCCUGAUUUUGAGCGGGUUAUCAAACUCGGAGAACAAUCGAUUGCUUUGGGUCGAUUCGCGACGUUUGUGGUGGACUCUAAAUUAUCACCCCACAUAGAGAUCAUCCAAAAAUGUCGCUACCUGCCGCUUCGUCUCAAAGGAUUAUCGAUGAUGCAUAAUGAGCAUGAUAGCUCACAUUUCUUAUUAAGUGCUGAAAUGGCCCCCCUGAGGGUUCGGGCAUUAAUUGAGGCCGAUUACGGUCAUACUGUUGAAGAGUUGGAAACAAUGGAAAAUCCUCCUUUAUUCCCGAUUGGCGAAGAGAUGGAACCAGGUCAAGAACCGUUGUUCCCAACUAUUGAAGGACUGGAAACAGAAGCUCCUCCCAUGUCCCCCUUCCAGCCCGAGACUUAG